UCUAGGAUAGCACAGAGGCUUUAGAGAAGUGUUGCCAAAGACUUUACAUGAGAUUUCAAAUCAUCAAAGUGAUGCUGUUUGUGUAUCUGUCUAUCCAAAAACAUAAUGCAAUGUGUGCAUUUUAUAUUAGGGUGUGUUGUGGUGUGUGUAAGGAUAUUUAUAUAGUCAGAUCAUUUUUUUUUCUGUGUGGUCCCCUUUGUACCUGUGUGCAUUUGUGUGUGAGGUUGCCAGGUGCUGAAGCUACGAUGUUGUCUUGUUACCCAGAGGAUCUCACAAAACGUGUAUUGCACAUUUGUAACACAUUGAAUUAUCUUCGCUAUAAAUUUCCUUUUAAAGGUGUCACAUGAGUUUAAUUUCACCUGCUUUUCUCUGUUUAACAGAUUAAAGUGACUAUUUUCUGAGUUUAGCACAAAUAGAGAUGGCAAGAUGACAUCAUCUCCCAGAAUCCCCUCCCUGGUGAAUUUCAGGACUCAUAACUCCACCCACUCAUGUUUCAGUCCAACGGCUGCCACCUGGCUGUUUCUAUGACAACUGUGACCAUCUUCAUCAACAACACCUGAGAGAAAGAGAGAGGGGGACAUACAGACUCUGUCAGGAUGGGUUACGAUCUGGAGCGCUUUGUGGGUUACGUGAAUGAGGGUCUGCUAUGUUGCGUGUGUCGGGACGUGUUAGAAGAUCCUUUGCAGGCUCCAUGUGAACAUGCCUUCUGUAGCUCCUGCAUUCAUGGAUGGCUCAUCCACCAUAACAACUGUCCCGAGGACCGCUUACCUUUAGACAUCACACACCUUCGUCCAUUAUUCAGAUACAUGAGGAAUGAUUUAGCAAGGCUUCAGUUGAGGUGCAUGUUCCGGCCACAAGGUUGCGAAGUCAUAUGCCCCCUUGAGUCUGUUCAUAGACAUGAGGAACAGUGUGACUAUGCUCUAUUGAAUUGCAGUAAUGCAGGUUGCCCGGUUCAGGUGUCUCGUCGCUCUCUGGAAGCUCACCUGUGUGUGUGUGAGUACAGCAGCAGAGUUUGCGCGAGUGGCUGUGGAUACACAAUCCUAAACACAGAGGAAGCCCAACACAACUGUGUAUCUGAGUUACGAGCUGAGCUGGACAUGCUCAGGGCAGAGUUGGACUGCAAAGUUGAGGAGGUGAGACAUGAAAUGGAAUCUCGUCUGGAUUCCCAAAGACGACACAUGGUGCAAAAAGAGAGUUUGCUGAGGAGUGAAGUAGAUGAGCUCAAGGGCCAGCUGUCCCGUGUGAUGUCAGAUGUCCGUGUUUUGCUGGGUGCAGAGAGAGCACGCAGACAAGACCUGGAGAGGGCAGAACUUGAGAAGGCAGAGCUUCAAGAACUUUUAAAGAAGGAGGGGCUUAGACCAGCCACACCCUCGCAACCUGCAGAGAGCCCUAAAAAGCAAGGCCCACGCAGCCUAGCAUUGGACUGCAUCAAGAGAAAGAAUAGGGAGGUGACAGUCAUCUGAAGAUAUCGGCUGCUUCUCAUUGCUAUAAUUAAGGACGAUACAUUUUUCUAAACACACCUGAACCAGCAAACAAUUACUUGAAUAUUGUUGAUUGGAAGUUGGAUUUCUGGCCAUUGGACAGUCAAUAUAGUCCCACAUACCCCUUCGCCAAGAAUUACGCCAUGCACAGAGAUGCCGGUUUAAAUGAGGGUGGUAGUUUGUUUUUCGGCAAAAUAAGUUGUGCAGUAAAGUGAAUGUUACAUUUCAUUUACUAGAUUUGUUUUGUGGAAUUUGUAAAGGACAUCUUGUCAUUUUCAAGAACAAUAAAAAAUGCAUUCUGUGUUCUUUCUCCAUAAGGUUGAUAUUAAA